CUUGUGAUAGCAUCGUAAAUUUUAUUUUGAUUGCAAAACAGGCAUGAGAAUAGUUAAAAAAACAAACAACAUCUGUACAGUUAGUGUAAGUUACGGUGUUUAGUGUAAAAUUGUAAAUAUUUGUGCCCUCGUGGAGCUGUUAAAGCGAUUCCUGGCCAUGGCGGGCCCUUCGGACGGCGACCCCGACGGCUGGGUCGAGUACUGCGAGCGUGAGGCCCGCGCCGCCGCACAGGAGCUCGCUAAGGGCUGUCUCCCAUACAUUCAGCCCGGUCAUGAAGCUGCUGCUCAACCUCCCACUACUCACAAGGACUUGCUUAAGAAAUUCAUAGACUGUUUUACUGAACAUUUUGAUAUAGAAAUAGGAAAAUUAAAAGCACUGCACAAAUUGCCUAAUGGAACGCAUACCGGUCAUGACGAGAGUGACUACUCUGAAGACACUGAAUCUCCCCAGACACAGCACAAGCCAUUCUUCAGAAGGCUAUCAUUCAAAGGUCUUAGACGAGGGAAGGGGCUUUUUCAUAAACAGCAUUCAGACGAAGUUGAACUCUCAUCAAAUUUGAACAAGCACAACAAGACUAAACUAGCUAAAAUUGUCGUAGAAUGUAGGAAGGAAGGAUUAGUUAAUUAUUUAACGCCAGAAAGCUUGGAGCAACCUAGUGGUCCACAAAAAUGGGAACGAUGCAGGCUAGCGCUCGUCAAGACUGUUGGUGGUUAUAUGUUAGAGUUUUAUUCUCCGCCCAAAUCACAAAAACCUCGUAGCGGUGUCUUUUGUUUUCUAAUAUCGGAAGCGAGAGAGACCACUGCAUUAGAGAUGCCGGACCAUGAAAACACGUUUGUUUUAAAGGCCGACAAUAACAUGGAAUAUGUAAUAGAAGCAUCAGACGUUGACGACAUGAAGUCAUGGUUAGCUACGAUCAAGUACUGCAUGAGGUCGCCUCCAACAGCGCAGCCCCCAGCCGAUUCUCUACCGGAACCGGUACCAGAACUCCCUCCACGUAGAUCGUUGCCACCGAGCCCGGAGCCAGAGUUGGCUUCGAUCGCUGAGGAAUGUGCACCGGAGUUAGCGGAAUGGCCGUGGUUCCAUGGGACUCUGCCUCGGUCUAAUGCUGCAGCGCUGGUGCUUGCUGGCGGGCAUUCAGCGCACGGAUGUUACCUCGUCAGGCAGAGUGAAACAAGACGUGGGGAGUACGUCCUCACGUUCAAUUUCCAGGGUCGCGCAAAACACCUCCGCAUGACCGUCAGCGAAGGUGGUCAGUGUAGAGUUCAGCAUCUAUGGUUCCCGAACGUGCUCGAUAUGCUCGAGCACUUCAGAGUGCACGCCAUCCCGCUGGAGUCGGGUGGCGCUGCUGACGUCACGCUUGCGCAGUACGUCGUCUGCCCAGACCGACCCGACCAGCAACAUCAAGUAACUCACGGCAGCGACGUGAGGCUUCGCAGAACCGAAUUGGCGGCUCUGCUCUCCGCCCAUGAUCUACGUGCAGUCGAUAAUCAUUAUACGUUUGUUUAAAUCAAUCUACGCGCAAUAAUCGAUCAUAAUAACAGACGGCGGAAAGUCUAGAAUCGCAUUAAACACGUUCGCGUGUGCAACGUCUUACAGCGUCGUGUUUUUAAAAUUAUGAAAUGGCGCAAUGUCAUAUGACGGGCUCUAGAUUAUCGUAUUUGUUUUGUCUUUGGACAUCUAUUUUGUGGGCAAGUUCGUAUGGCGCAUCUACUUAGCGCCGCAACACAUUCGAUUUUAACAGCCUACACCGCCGCGUUCCCUAAAAAAAAUUAUCUUAAGAUGUACGUAUUUUUAGACGUUGCUAAACUUUGUAUGGGAAAAAGGUGCACCACAGUAGCAGUAUUCAGAAAUGAGGUUGCUCACGCGAACGUUUUGAUUUGUUAUUGACGUUUAAAAAAAAUUUACCGUAACCAAAAAAAAGUUAUAGAUAAUGCUAAAUUCGUAAAUACGCUACUAAAGAAAAAAAAAGCCUAAAUCCGUUGACAAGCAAUGGAGAUGGUACUGAAUCCUUUUGUCGUUGACUAUUUAUUUAAAGAGAUAUCUGAGAAUAGAAGAAAAAUUGUAUAGGUAUUAACUAUUAUUACUAAUUUAAUGUAUUUUGUUAGUAAACCUUUAGUUUACAUUGUCAGAAGUAAGUUUGUUUAAGUAUUUAAGAACUUAUUGUUCAGAUAAUCAGUUUAAUCAGAUCCAGAUGUAAAUAAACUCUUAUCUAUAAUAAUUUUCGGAAUUGAACAACUCGAGAUUAAUCUAUUGAUUUAAUAAUACAC